AAAACAAGUAGAGCCGCACAACAAUUUGUUUUAAAAAAUUCAAAAUAAAAACUGUAAGCCAUCAUAAGCAAUUGUCAGUGUGUUUGCCUUUUUCUAAUAAUGUAAGGUAAUAUCGAAAAGCAAAGAGUUUCAGUUUUCAAGGAUAUAAGAACAUUCCAUACAGAGAAUAACAAGAUAGAUCCUUAAUGAAACCCCAAAUCCAAAUCUAUGCGAAUCCCACUUCCAAAUUGAGGCACUUUCCAUAGCUUCACUGGAAAAGAGCUGGUGGUUGUGGUGGAGGGUGGCUGUUGCAUUCAUGGGAAUCUUAUAAAAGAUCAAUCUAAAAAGCACCCACUACCUAAAAGUUUUCUUUUUUCAGUCUACUGUGAAAGAGGCAUAUUUUAGUGGGAGAAAGACGCUUCUUUUAGAGAGAGAGAUGAAGGAGUUGUUUGGGAGUCCAGGGAGAGUGAGUGGGUUUGGACUGAGAGUAGGGCAGUUUGUGUUUGCAGCAGCUUCAAUUGGAGUCAUGGUCUCUGCCCGUGGAUUCUUCAACUCCACUGCUUUCUGCUAUUUGAUUGCAUCAAUGGGGCUUCAAGUUCUUUGGAGUUUUGGGCUUGCAUGCCUUGAUCUGCAUUCUUUGAGAUCAAAGAGAAACCUUCAGAAUCCAGUCUUAGUGAGCCUAUUUGUUGUUGGUGACUGGGUUACAUCUAUCCUUUCACUUGCAGCUGCAUGUGCAUCAGGUGGAGUUACAGUUUUGUAUUCAAGAGACUUAAAUUACUGCAAACAACCGCCCUAUUUCCCAUGCAGCAGGUUCAAAAUCUCUAUCGUUUUGGCAUUUAUCUCAUGGUCUCUCCUUGCCAUAUCUUCUCAUGUUAUGUUUUGGCUAUUGGCGAAUGUAUGACUGAAUCUACACCAGCCUCCUGCAGCCUAUUUUCUUCAUUUUACCUUGUAAAUAUUGUUACUUUUGGAACAUAUCCAGUUUUUCCUGAAAAUGGCAGAAUUAUCCCUUUCAGAUGGCAAGUUUCUGUAACCAACCUCUAAAUUUUGUUGUUUUGUUGCUAUAUUAUGUUGCAACUCCCAGUUUUAUUAGACUGAGAAAUUCAAAAAAAUUAAGAGAAAAUAUUGUUUUA